AAUAAUUAAAUUAAAAGAUGAGUUAAGUAUCAUAAAGAUAAAGAAGUCCUUCCCCUUAAUCUCCAGAAAAGGUUGCAUAAAGAGAAAAGGCAGCAUAAGCAAUGAAAAGACGAAACCAAACAUAACCAAGCUUUUUUGAUAAAUAUGCUUACCAUUUGGUAAUUGGUGCAUUUGGAUUUGUUUGUGUUUAUGCUUUAUAUUCUAUACUAACACGUUCAAGCAAGAAGCUGACCACUGCGCCUGUAAUUGAUGAAGAAGAAAUUGCAGGUCAUAAUUCUUUAGGAUCUUAUCUACAAGGACCAAAUGAUUUCUUUAAAGAUUGGAAAUUUAGUGAUGCUAAAUUCAUCUUUAACAAUCAUUUAACAUUCAAAGGAAAAAUCCCAUAAUGCCCAGAGAGUGGAGUCAUUAUUCCAGAGAGUUACAAUUUUAGAGAGGUUUAACCUGAAUGUGCUUAACCAAUCUACAAUCAAGGUAAUAUAUUGAUCAAUCGAUAGGAAAUUGCUCAUCCAGUUAUUCCAUUGCUGCUGUUUCAGCUACAAGUGAUAGAUUAUGUAAAGUCAGAAAUGGCGAAUUUUAAGAUUAAUUAUCACCAUAAUCACCAAUCUCUUGUGACAAUAAAAAUUAUAGAUGUGGAGGAGGAAGUGUUACUAGAGUAUUAGAAGUAGGCAAAAAGCAAGGAUUUGUUGCAACCUCUUGUUUACCAUAUACUGGAACUGAAGAUGCAAAAGACAACUGCGAUGCUCUCUUUACUAAUUGUGAAAAAUAUAAGAUUUAAGAUUAUUGUGUUGUCUCCAGCGAGGAAAACAUUAAAAGAGAAAUCUUAAACAAUGGACCUGUUGUUGCAGUUAUAUAAGUAUUCAAAGACUUCCUUGUUUAUAAAGGUGGAAUCUAUGAGGUGGUUGAAGGAAGUUCAAAGUAUAAUUAAAUUGUAUUAUUUAGAUUCCAAUAUGGACAUGCUGUCAAGGUUAUUGGUUGGGGUAAACAAGAUGGAGUUAAUUAUUGGGUUAUCGAAAAUUCAUGGGGAGAUUCAUGGGGUCUCAAAGGUUUAGCCUAUAUUGCUGUUGGUAUUUAUAUCAUACUUAUCUCAAGGUUAAAAUUAAUUGCAAUUGGAAGCCUAUUCAGUAGCACCUAUUGUAGCAGCUCCAUAAGAGAAGGCUGAAUGAUUGUAUCAUAUUAUAUCAUUGUAC